AUGGGAUUCAGGAUAUCUAAUCUCACGGGCGAUCCAUUCGCCAUGGCCACUAUUUCAUUUGGAUUGAUGUCAUGGAUAGUCUCACUAGGAGGUGCUGCAGCAUCUACACAGAGUGAGUUUCCUCAUUUCACAUGGUGGGGCAUUGCUUAUCAAAUUUGUAUUAUUUUCAUCAUUUGCUUGCUAUACAUUAAUAACAAUAUUGAACUUUACAAAUUCACAUUGGUUGGAUUGGUUAGUAUUGCAUUUAUUUACAGUACAAACUCAACCAAUAAUUUGAUUUAUAAUUCAAAUUCAUCAGGCAAUUUGUGUUGUGCUGCUGGUUGUAUCUUGCUGAGUAUUUUAAACUUGAUUUGGAUUUUGUACUUUGGAGGACAUCCCGAAUCGCCCACAAACCAAUUUAUUGAUAGUUUUAGUUACAGAAACCAUGCUCAUGAACAAUUGGGUCGUUCUCCAGCACUUAAAAAUGAAUCAUACGAAGAUGAUCUUGGAACAACUCAAGAAUUUAAACGAUUUGGAUCAAGUACCAACUUACCUUCAACAACGUCAAGAAGGUUGUCGAACCAAGGAUCUACUAAUAUGCUUGGUGAUAACAACAAUAAUAAUAGAUUGUCAUCGCAACCAACUAGUGGCUCCUUGCGUCCCACACAAGCUACAGGUUCGGCACCACUUGCACCAAACCAAGUUGGUACUUAUAAUAGCAGCAAUGGAGUACGUGAUUUACUCGGUGCUAAACCAACGCCCUAUUAUAAUGAUACGUCCACUGGUACAGGUACUGGAACUGGAACUGGUACUGGAACAGGAACAGGUACAGGUAUCACUUUUAGAUACAAGGCAAAGGCAUUGUACAGUUAUGAUGCCAAUCCAGAUGAUAUCAAUGAGAUUAGUUUUGUCAAGGAUGAGAUUCUAGAGGUUGACGAUAUAGACGGAAAAUGGUGGCAAGCAAGAAGAGUCAAUGGACAAGUUGGUAUUUGUCCAUCGAAUUAUGUCAAAUUGAUUGAUGCAUGA